AGCAGCAGAUUCCUCCUCAGAUCUCUGCUACUCUCUCUCUCGCUGCCGUCUGUAAUAGUUAACAUACUAAAUGGUGUCCGGAAACCGUUCAACAACAUGUGAGUGACAGUUCCUAGGGUUCAACGCCACCCAUCUCUGUUCGUCUUUGUUCUCUCUACAUACUCUUUUUGGGGGGGGACUUGACGACGAAUUCUGUGUCUGUCUACGCGAUCCACACCUCCAAUCUUUGAUCACCGGACGAAGGCGCGAUGGGGGCUGGUCAGGUGCUCGUGGAAAUUCAGCCUCAAGAACUUAAGUUCGCAUUUGAAUUGAAGAAGCAGAGUUCGUGUUCUAUUCAACUUGAAAAUAAAUCCAAAGAUUAUGUUGCUUUCAAGGUUAAAACCACAUCUCCUAAAAGAUACUGUGUGAGACCAAAUAUAGGCAUCCUUCUGCCCAGAUCAACAUGUGACUUUACAGUCACUAUGCAAGCACCAAAGGAAGCUCCACCUGAUAUGCAAUUGAAAGAUAAGUUCCUUGUUCAAAGCACGGUUGUUCCUUAUGGCACUACUGAUGAGGACAUUGUACCAAGUUUUUUCUCUAAAGAAAAUGGAAGAUAUAUCCAAGAGAACAAAUUAAGAGUCGUUCUUGUAAGCCCUCCACAUUCUCCAGCACUAGAGCCAAUUAAUGUGGCUUUAAGGCAGGAGCCAGCUAAUGAAAUUCCUGAUUCGGCAGUAACUUGUAUCCCCAUUGAUGGUGUUUCACAGCAAGAACCAGCUAAUGAAGUUCCCAUUUUGAGAAACAUUUCUGUCUCAGAUAAUGUGUCUGUGAAACAGGAGCCUGUUCAAGAAAUUACUAUAUCAAAAGACACUUCUAUUCCAAAUGAACAAGCAUUGAGUGGUGUGGCUGAGAUUACCCCAUCUCAUGUUGGUAAAGAUAUUGAUGACUUGAAGUUGAAGCUCAACAAUAUUGAAGUUAAACUGAAUGAGGCUGAGAAGACAAUAAUGAGCCUGAGGAAAGAGAACAGUGCAGCAGUACAGGAGAGCGAGAAGUUACAACAGGAAAUUGCCUUGCUGAGGAAGAAAAGUGCUGUUAGAAUUCAGGCUGGUUUUCCAUUUUUGUUUGUUGUCUUUCUGGCACUUGUUGGCAUGACACUUGGAUAUCUUUUGCACUCAUGAAACCCAUGUCAAAGCUCAAGCCUGAAUAAGUAGCAUCAGGGCUAGAAACUAUAAUUCAUAGAAAUAAUCGCUGGUGUCCGCAAUGUUGAAUAUCAAAUAUCUGUGUUAGUUUUUUUUCUAGGGCUAAGCUCUGUCCAUGUGUAUGACCUGUAUGCUUGUAAAAUGACAAAUUUUAUACUGUGUACAAAAAUAAAACUCUUACCAUGCCACCA